UAUUUUUCUAUGCAGGAAGGCUAUUUUGAGAAGGCAGUGGAAUGUUCUAAGAAUGAGCUAUAUUUCCCAGACAUUGAUGGUAGUUAUAUUGGUGCUUGGCUGGCAACAGAGUAAGUUUCAACAUUUCACAUUAAUUGAGUUGCAUUUACCAGAUCAGGGCCGUAUGCAGGAUUUUUUCACCACAGGGGCAGUAAGGCCUAUAUGCCGAAAAAAGUCCCAAUUAUCCAAAGAAUAAUUAAUAUUGACAUUCUAAAAAUCGUAAAUAUAGUUUUCUCUGGAGGGGCGGGGUCAGUUGCCCCCCAACCCCUCCCCGCUGUGUACGGCCCUGUGCCAGAUGAUUUUACUUGUCAAAGGGAGAGCGCUGGUACUCAAUAUGGGUUAAUCAUCUGCCCAUGUGUCUAAGUAGUUAAUCCAUUGAGUUGCAUUGUGCCCAGAAUGCACACUACGUUAUUAUUGUACAUUGACAAAUUCCAGAUGAUUUUACUCAUCAAAGGGAGAGUGGCACCAGUAAGCUUCAUAUAUGUCUGGAGUGGGAACUCGAGUCCAAAAAGUGAAGCCAGCUUCGUGUGAAAAGAAAAAUAGAAAGGGACUGGAACUGAUGUCCAAUAGCUCCUUCAAUUUCUGCCAUCUUGGCAAGGAGAAAUUGCCAAAAUUUCAUAUUUUGACUUUGAUUUAAAGAAUAACACUAUGGGUCUAUGAACUGAUAACUUGGUUAGAGAUACAAUCCGUUAGAAAAGAACUGGCUGGGGAAAAUGGUAUAAAAGCUGUUUACGACCUUCAGAGCUAUUGGACGUACAUGAAUGGCUGCCAUCUUGGCUUCAUUUUUCUCAUAUAUAGGCCGAAUGACUGAAGUUCUUGCAGUUGCUCCAGAUAUAUAUGGAGCUCACUGGCUGGCAGCCUGGCCACAGAAUAGAGACCAUACAGAGGCCUGACUUCUUGGUUUUUCCUAUGAUUUUGACAUAACCAUAAUUCAUCAUCAAAAUGCUGAUGCCAUGGUCAGCUAGCCAGUGCACUUAUGAGAGGCAUUCACCCCCUGAUAAUAUUCAAAAUGGCGGAAAAUUCCAAAAAUUCAUCAAUUUUCUGUGAAGGUGGGGGGGGGGGGCCGAAAGUCCGAAUGGGUUAAGUUAGGUGUUAUUAUAUUAUACACAUAUAAUAUGUAUCUUGGAUGACCCCUGAAACAGCCUUCCUUGUUAAAUUAUUAGGAUAGACCACUGGGACAACGAGAAAGAGAGACUGAUUCUUCUUACGCAGAAACAACUGAUUGUUGUAAGAUUUAAUUUCAUUACAACAAAGAUAGAAGAUCAUCGCAAGAUUCCGCUGGUCAACUGCAUCAGAAUGCAAACCGGAAAUCUUUCAUAUUCUUCCAGCACAUUUGGUUUGUAAGUACCAUGUCUUUUUUUUCUGUGUUUAUAUUGUAGUUUGUCGUAUCUAAUAAAACCUUUUAAAGUAAGGUCAUAUCUUUUUGUGGCGGGGUACAAUGCGAAAAAAAAUUUGAGCCUGAUACCACAGCCGCGUACAAAUAGCUUGAAAAAAAGUUUCGUGUUUGACGGGGCACACAUUUGGAAUUCUUUACCAACCGAAAUUAUAGAGAGCAACUCCAUCAUGUCCUUUGAAACUAAAAUCGCUACUCACAUUUUUGAAUACUCACAUUUUUGAAUAGCAUUAUUAUUCUUAUACUUAUAUAAUUAUGUAUAUAUAUAUACAUAUAUAUAUAUAUAUAUAUAUAUAUAUAUAUAUAUAUAUAUAUAUAUAUAUAUAUAUAUAUAUAUAUAUAUAUAUAUAUAUAUAUAUAUAUAUAUAUAUGUAUGUAUAUAUAUAUGUAUAUUUCUUACUGUAUGUAAUAUCUUAAUAUAUACUAUAUUUUUGUAAUUUUAUUAUUGUACACGCCCCUUGUGGAAAUCAGCCUAGGUUGACAAUGGUUAGCGUGUUUAAAUAAAACGUUCUAUCUAUCUAAUUAUCUAUACUUCCUAGCCUGCUCUCAGACGUUGUAGUUCUUACGUCGCUAAUUGGCGUAAGAACUACAACGUCUGUGAGCAGGCUAGAUACUUCCAUUUCAAAACAUAAUUAUUCAAGAUUCGUUGGCCAGUCAAUUGAAGUUAACCAUUUAAGUAACUUUUAUAUAGACGUUUUAACGACGUUUCACUGUAGUUAUUUUAUAAAUCAAUAGGCUUUAUGUAUAAUGACGUUACAAGGCGUGAUGCGCGCGGGGAAUUCUGGUCUUAGUAGUCACGGCGGGAAAACAAUCCAACAUGGCCACUUGCUGUUGUCAAUGGCUGUCGUAGGCAUUGGUCGUGGGUCAGUGAGCGUGCUACUGCUCUUUGUCGUGUUUUAACAGGCUAUUCAAGCCACGUUAGUGUUCCUAGUUCUUUAAUUUCAGAACUCUUGCACGGGUUUUCAGAGGUUUGACAGCCCUGAACGUAACGACAACAGUCCGCUUUCAUCGACCAGUACGAGUAAAAGAAGUUGCGGUUUUAAUAGGUAUUGUGUUCCAGGUUGCUUCAAUCCCGAGCAUCUAAAAGACGACAAAGAACAGCAGUACACUCGCAUUCGACAAUAGCCAUGUUGGAUUGUUUUCCCCGCCGUGAUUGCCGCUAAAACCAGAAUUCCCCGCGCAUCACGCCUUGUGACGUCAUUAUGCAUAAGGUCUAUUACCAUUUUCCGUACAGGACAGCGCUAUUAAUGCACUGGGAUGUUGCUCGACUUUCGAAAGUCUUGCAACAUCUCGCGUACAUGAAUGACGCUAUCUUGCACGGAAAACCAUUUGGUAUUAAUGCACUGUGCGCUCAAACCUGCUUGGCGGCCAUUUUAAUGGCGGGAUAAUAGGUGUUUCGGUUUUCAAUCCAUAAUAUAUUACUACCAUCUUAUGGUUAUACUUGCUCAUUUUAACUUUUUUUAUGCUAAACUUGCACCAAAGAAAUGUUUAUAAUCGUCAUUUGUUGCUAUUUCUCACUUCCGAAGGUAAGAUGUAAACAAAUGCAUUGUGGUCGACAAUGACUCUUUAAUCCGGCACAUCCCCACCACUGUGCUAUUAACAGCCGAGGUUAAUAUUUACAUAUUUGACCAUACAGCUAUCAAGACUCAACGCGUCGUAGCAAUGAGACCGGGCUGCGUAUACAUUGGAAUGCAGUGAAAGUACCGGGGACAUUUGACUACUGGAACCCAUGGUCAAAAGAUAUCCCGCACAUAACCCUAACUGCCCAUACUUCGGUUAAAUACAACGCGGUGUCGCCCGAGUGUGUUGAUUUCUCCGCACUUCAAAAGUCGUUAGUCGCCGCCGCAACUUCGGACAUCAGUCGGUCGCUCGUGAUGGACGAAGAACCGAUCGUUAUUAAUAUGAUACUGGGAAUAACGGCGCUUGUCCACAAUCAGAGUAAACUCGGAUUCUCUCGCGAUAGAGGUGGUGUGUCCUACUGAGCGACUUGGGGUGCUGCUUAUUUAUUUUCGUCUUGCAUGGACAGAACGCUUGACUGUUUGUAGGACAGUUGUAAGAUAAGUAAUAGUAUAUAUUGCAUGCACAGAGGUGGGAAAAGUAUUGGAACCUGGGAACCUAGUUCCCAGAAGUUUUUUGGGAAUAUACAUUUUUGCAGAAAUUUUCUUAGCUAAUUCUGAAAAUUGCACUGAUUGAUUAUCUAAAUUACUAAAUACCUCAUUAUUGAAAUGAUUGUAUACCAGAUUAAUCCAUUAACUCAAUACCUAAAUUACAGCGUAACAGUUCGGACCAAAAAAUCUUCAUAUAGCCAUAAAAGGGUACCCUUUUUUGAGAUUUGUGUUGUAAGGGAAUUGGUUCGUUUUAAUUACCCUUUACGUCG